UUAGCUAGCUAGGAUGUAUUUUUGUUCAGUUUGUGGCAUGUGUCAUUGACAUUUUUUUCCAAGGAAUAUUUCCCGUUUUUAGUUUUUACCGAUAUGUGUACUAUGAUUUAUAUCAUAUGUGGCUUCUGGUUGUGUUGCAUACAAUAUUCUCACUGUAUUCUUAAGGUAGGCAAUCUCAGGGUGACGGUGCAUAGCUAGCUAGCAUUUUUCUUGUGAGACCUGUUUGAUAUCCCCAGGGUUAAAAGCCCUUAGUUUUGUUUAGACAUAAUCCAUACUCAAUGGAAGUACGGUCUCUCGUCAAAAGUGGUUCCAUUUUGGAUAGACACUGGGCUUGUUCGACAGUGCAUGCAACUGCUGAAUAACUGAUUUUCAAAUAACCUUGCAUCAUAAAUAACUAACAAGGCCUACUUAUUAUUUAUAGGUCAGUCGUCACAAUUUACCCACAAAGCAUCAUGGAUGUGAUGCCAUAGAGAUAGAUGAAGGACUCUAAGUGCCCUAAAGCUUGUGUUAGCAUGGGCAGCAGCAUUGAGGACUUUAACCAUUUUGUUGCAAUCAACUGGGUGGGAUUUCCUAUGGGUUAAGAAAGGAUCACAUGAUGUCAUCAGGAUGGAUCAGAUAAUGAAUUAUAUGCAUGUGGAAACAUUCCAUAACUGCAGGUGGCAGUAAAUCACCAACCUUGAAUUAUAUCUGUUCAAAGUGUGCAAUUUUUCAGUUUGUUUGCCAACCACUGAUAUAUAAUAAGAACUGGAGAUUGUGUCCAAUAUGUUUGACCGUUGUUUUCAAGUUAAUCUACUCAUGAUAAUGAAUUAUACCUCGGUCCGUUCAUGGACUGUCUAUAUCUGGGUUGCAUCCGGUUCACAUGCGCACUAGCACUCAGUAUGCACAGAGAGCAGAAAUGACAUCAUCCAAAAACAUGGCAGACAUUGGAUGAAUAUAAAAUGUUAAUAUGUGUGUGAUGGGAAAAAAAAUAGGCCUCAGCGACGAUUAUUUUAAUAAUUCAUUUGAAGUUUUGUAAACAAAGGUGAUGACCAAAGUUUCUGAUUAGGAAUGUUCAAAUAUGACUUCUCUAUGUUGCUGUCUAUGCAAAUUGUCUUUCUGGGCCGGGCGUCGGUUAAACUGCCGUAUCGAAGCAAAACUGUAUGAGCAGUCGAAACCGUGCUUCUAGGCCGGGAACCCAGUCCCUUGUUGCCAACUUAUAGAAGUAUUAGAAAUGUAUUUCAAAUUGCAGAUGGCCUAAAUGACGCUGCCUGUGCUCUCACAGACACCAUAAUGGGACAGAUACAAUGAUGCGAUGUCUACCUAAAUCUGUGUGUGAUACCUUACUAUUUUCAUUUAGGGCACCUGACCACAUGCAUGACUAUACCCCACCUAACACCUGUUCAACACCAUCUGAGUGCUUACCCCUAAGCCAGUGGAAUGAGACAAUGGAAUGUGGAAGCGAGUUAGCAGUUGACACAAUGAAAAAGGAACUGAAAUCAAGGGCCAUUCUUGCAGAUUGUUCUACCAGGAUGAGAUCCAUUGUGUCUUUCUACUUCUGCUACCUGCUGUGCCUGUGCCUGGGGAUCGCCUGUGUGGUGUUUGUGUCCAUCUGGAACUCCCAGUGGCGUGGUGGCUUUGCCUGGGAUGGCUCGGCUCUUCAGUUUAACUGGCACCCUGUCCUGAUGGUCACAGGUCUGGUCGUGCUCUACGGCAAUGGAGCGGUGUUGUACCGCAUUCCCCUCACAUGGGGGCAGAAUAAGCUGCCCUGGAAACUGCUGCAUGCUGGUGUCAUGCUCCUGGCCCUGCUCUGCUCCAUCCUUGGCCUCUGUGCUGUGUUUGACUUCCACCACACCAACAGCACUCCCAACCUCUACUCCUUGCACAGCUGGAUUGGCAUUUGCACUACAGCACUCUUCACCACUCAGUGGGUGAUGGGCCUUGCUGGCUUCCUCCUACCCUGCUCACCCAUGUCAUUCCGCAAGCUGCUUAAGCCUGCCCAUGUGUGGAUGGGAGGCUGCAUACUGAUACUCAGCAUUGUAUCCUGCAUUUCAGGGAUCAACGAGAAGCUCUUCUUUGCACUGAAAGGAACCACCAAUGGUACAAUGCCAUAUGGCAACCUGCCACCUGAGGCAUUGGUCGCCAACUCAUUAGGAGUCUUGAUUGUAGCCUUUGGAUUGGUCGUCCUGAUGAUUCUGUCCAAUCAGAAAUGGCAGCGACCAGAGCCUCGAAGCGAAGACCUGGGCUACAGUCCACUGCUUCAAGACGACAGCUAAUAGAAGAGAUGAGGAGGCUUCAAACCCGCUCUCAGCCGCUAACCAUACUACGCAAGCUAUCCAGAAAUGUUUAUCUGCCCCUGCUGGGUCCAAAGUUGCCUUAAGCAAAUAAUGAUGUUGAAUGUCCUAGGACCAGGGCCAACCCUGGGCAUAAGGGCCCCUGGCCACUUUGGGGUCUGAACUUACUGUUGAGAGUUAAUAUAGUAAAACACACUAGGUACCAUUUUAAAAUGUGUUAUUGCAUCAGCAGUUUUUCUCUUAUAUCAGACACUGACAGUCACUGAAUUAGCCAAUGUCAGCUAAAAAUGUUUUGAUUGGUAAGUUAGUCUAGCCAGCUAUCUAAACAUUGUAGUAAUCAUGGCCAAAUUACUGACUCGUCACGCAGGGCACAUGCCAAGGGGCCAUGAACUCCAGGGCGCUUACAUUGAUAUUGUUAGUCAUUCUCACUCAGAUAUCAUAUUGAAGUGAUACUUCGGGAUUUCGGCAAUGAGGCCCUUUAUCUACUUAUCCAGAGUCAGAUGAACUUGUGGAUACCAUUUUUAUGGUUCUGUGUCCAGUAUGAGGCAGGCUAGAGGUAGUUUCGCAAGCCAAUGCUAACUAGCGUUACCCAUAAACUUCCAGUUAUUGUGCUAUCUGCUGGCAUGCUAGCAGAUACCAAUAGACCUCCAGUCAUUGCGCUAACGCUAGUUAGACAUUGCAAUAGCACUAGUUAGCAACUUCCUUCAAACCGCACACAGAGACAUUAAAAUGGUGUCAAGAAGUUCAUCUGACUCUGGGGAAGUUGAUAAAGGGCCUCGGUGUCAAAAUCCCAAAAUAUCCCUUUAACAUGGCAUAAGUCAGGGCAAAAUGUGUAAAAUUGCUGAAAAUCAGCUGGUAAACUGCAAAUGUUUCUCUCUGUCCCAUGGCAAAAUGAGUAGAAUUGCAUGAAAUGUACUUUCAAACUUAAAAAUGUUUCUCUCCGCUGUCAAGAUGGGGCCACGGUAAUCUUUUGGCUACGAGGUGGAGCUCCCCCCAAGCAAAUCUUGCUUAGGGCCCCCAAAAGACAAUUGCUGGCCCUGGUCAUGACAGUGUUGUAAGCAAUAGUAUGUGUCCCAUCAAGAUAUACGUUUUAUAAAUGUAUUAAAUAGUCGAUUUUCCAUCGCUGCCUUCUUUUUUUAUGAAUAAAAUCAUGAAUAAAGUAUGAUAUACUCAAAGAUAACACGGUAUUUCAGCAGUUCUUUGUGACUGCCAUUCCUGUUGUGCAUGCAAUUUAGACUGUAGCCUCAUCAUUAAAGCUACAGUCUGGGAUUUUGGAAUCUGUUCAAUGCUCAUUUAAAUUCUUUAUAUUGACCAUUCAGUGUUUGGCCACACAAACAAUAUGUUGUGUUCUUAUGGGGUAGAGAAAGCUACAGCUAGGCCUAUAUGGCCAGCAGCAUACCACCCUGCAUCCCACUGCUGGCUUGUUUCUGAAGCUAAGCAGGGUUGGUCCCUGGAAGGGAGACCAGAUGCUGCUGGGAGUGGUGUUGGAGGGCCAGUAGGAGGCACCCUUUGGUUAAAAAAAAAAAUAUAUAUAUACCAAUGUCCCAGGGCAGUGAUUGGGGACAUUGCCCUGUGUAGGGUGCUGUCUUUCGGAUGGGUUGUUAAAUGGGUGUCUGUGGUCACUAAAGAUCCCAUGGAUCAUAUCAUAAGAGUAGGGGUGUUAACCCUGGUGUCCUGGCUAAAUUCCCAAUCUGGCCCACAUACCAUCAUGGUCACCUAAUCAUCCCCAGUUUACAAUUGGCUCAUUCAUCUCCUCUCCCCUGUAACUACUCCCCAGGUGUUUGCUGUAAAUGAAAAUGUGUUCUCGGUUAACUUACCUUGUUAAAUAAAAAUUCCCAAAUAUUAAUGGUCUAUAUGUUUUUCACAUGGUGGCAGCAGUAUCAAGGAUUCAGUGUAGAGAGCAAAUAAAUAAUAAACUAAAUUGAUAGUCUACAAGACAUUUUAGAUAUAGUAGGCUAGGCUAUACAAGAGCAAAAUGUUACACAAAGUAUGUGGAUCUGUUAUUUAAUUUGGUCCUUGGGUGGGGUGGGAUUGGGAUGGGGGGAUGGUGGUGUAGCUUCAUUUUGUAUGUAUUCAUGUUUGCUGACUAUUAUUACAAAAUAAACAUUUGAUCACAAAA